UCCCUCCUUCCAAAAUGGACAAGUCCCUGCUGCUGGGACUCCCUGUCCUGCUCUGCUGCUUUAGGGUACUAUCUGGAUCAUUUCGACACAGAGAUAAUGCAGUCAGUGAAGUAAUUAUUGAGGAAGAUGAAUUUUCUGACCUACAAGUUGUUCAGUGCAGGAUGUGCCACCUCCAGUUCCCAGGAGAAAAGUGCUCUAGAGGCAGAGGAAUAUGUACUGCAACAACAGAAGAGGCCUGCACAGUGGGGAGGAUUUUCAAAAAGGAUCGAGCUCCCUGGCUAACCUUCAUGGGCUGCCUAAAGAACUGUGCUAAUGUGAAAAACAUAAAGUGGAGUGUCUACCUGGUGACCUUCAAGUGCUGCAGAGGCUAUGACCUGUGCAAUGAAAAGCUUUAGAAGAUGCUGGUUCUUCUGUGGCUCCAAUGUCUGGCUGGGGUUGUUGUCUCACACUCUUCACAAUGACAUCCUAAAAAUACCUUCUUCUUUCUUCCCUUCUGUAGCAAGAUAUUUUAAUAUUUUUCAUGGCUUUUUUGGCUCUGUGUUAUUCUUCUUGUCCCACUCCAGUUAAAGUAUAUUAACACUGGCCUCGUGGAGGGGGGUGGCAACAUGAAAAUAAAUAACUUGAGUCUUCCUGG